AUGGUCUAUACAAUUAUUAGUUUCGCAAACUUAACCGGCCCUCCACUAGCCGGACUUCUAAUCAAGGCCGGUGAGGGUCGGUAUAUUUAUACGUUUAUAUUUAGAGGGCUAUGUCUGGCUCUAGGUACAUCAUUCUUAGUCGCCUCUCGUAUUACUAAAGGAGGCUAG